AUGACUACUACUAAAUGUUUCUCCUUUCUAACCAUAUACCUUCUUCUUUCACUAAACUCUCUUGAAACCGUCAUAGGUGGACGUAUAAUUCCACCAAGUGCUCCGAGCACGGUUACAAGGCCGCUAGUUUCAUCAGAAGUUGAAAACUUUGUGAUGCCGCAACAAGAACGUAAGCAGAAAGCUUUUCAAAUAGGGAGAGAAGUGAAGGGUUGUUUGCCGAAAGGUUCUAGACAUAACUCGGCUCCAAGCAGAUUUGUUAACUUUAAGCCUGAAGGUUCUGGUGGAUGUUCUAAAAUACAUUCAGGGAAACCUUGA